AUGGAUGAAGACAUGGAUGAAACCGAAGCCCUCCCUCAGGUCUACAUGGCUUGCAUUCACCAGGGACAUCGAAUUGGAAUUUCUUACUACGAUUCCAGCAUUCGUCAGCUUAAUGUACUUGAAGUUUGGGAUGAUGGUAGCUCAGACUUCCCACUGAUUGAACUUGUGAAAUAUCAAGCCAAGCCGGUGAUUAUAUAUACGAGUACAAAAACUGAGGAAACCUUUCUGUCAGCUUUACAACGAAGUGAUGGGAUGACAGAGACUCCCACAGUGAAGCUUGUUAAAAGUUCGAUAUUCACUUACGAACAAGCAUGGCACAGGUUGAUAUACCUUCGAGUAACAGGAAUGGAUGAUGGAUUAAACAUCAAGGAGAGAAUUUGCUAUCUAAGUUCUAUGAUGGACAUGGGAAGUGAUAUCCAAGUUCGUGUAAGUGGGGGCCUUCUUGCUAUAUUAGAGAAUGAAAGGAUUGUAGAUACCCUUGAGCAAAUGGAGUCUAGGACUGCUUCAAUUACAAUCGAUUCUGUUGCUGAAAUUUCAUUGGACAAGUUUCUUAAGCUUGAUGCUGCAGCACAUGAGGCAUUGCAGAUCUUUCAAGUAGACAAACAUCCGAGUCAUAUGGGAAUUGGUAGAGCAAAAGAAGGGUUCUCGGUGUUUGGAAUCAUGAACAAGUGUGCGACACCAAUGGGGAGACGUCUUUUGAGAAACUGGUUCCUCAGGCCAAUACUCGACCUGGAAAACUUGAACAAUCGUCUCAAUGUCAUAUCAUUCUUUCUUUCUUCCGAAGAACUGAUGGUUUCUCUAUGUGAAACUCUGAAAUCCAUGAAGGAUGUCCCUCACCUACUAAAGAAAUUCAACUCACCAAGCUCUCUGUGUACAAGUAGUGACUGGAUUGCUUUUCUAAAGAGUGUCUGUUCGCUCUUGCAUGUGAACAAGAUAUUUGAAGUAGGUAUUUCUGAAAACCUUAGAGAGCAUAUAGAGUGCUUGAACGUAGACGUUGUUACUAAGGCUCGUUCAUGCCUCACCGCAGAGCUGGCAUAUGUCUAUGAAUUGGUCAUCGGUGUUAUUGAUGUAAACAGAAGGAAAGAGAAGGGUUAUGAGACACUAGUGAAAGAGGGUUUCUGUGAUGAGUUGGAUGAGCUGAGACAAAUAUACGAGGAAUUGCCCGAAUUUCUAGAAGAGGUUUCAUCAUUAGAGCUCAAGCAACUUCCUCAUUUAUGCAAAGAGAAGUUUUCUCCUUGUAUUGUGUAUAUACAUCAAAUAGGAUACUUGAUGUGUUUUUUUGAGGAACAACCCGAUGAAAUCACACAAUCAAAAAUUCAAGAUCUUGAAUUUUCAUUCUCUGAUGCUGAUGGGGAAACAAAGAGAUUCUUUUAUCGUACGGCAAAGACACGAGAAUUGGAUAGCCUUCUUGGAGACAUUUAUCAUAAAGUUCUAGAUAUGGAGAGGGCGAUUAUCAGAGACUUGGUCUUACGUGUACUAACAUUCUCAACACAACUGCAUAAGGCUGUGAACUUUGUGUCUGAACUUGACUGCUUUUUGUCGUUGGCAAUGGUUGCUCGCCAGAACAAUUAUGUGAGGCCUACUUUAACCAUGGAGACCAUUCUUGAUAUACAAAAUGGAAGGAACGAGCAUGUUUUGCAGGAAAUGACAGUGGAUACAUUUAUCCCCAAUGACACAAAGAUUCUUGAUGAAGGAAGGAUUCGUAUCAUCACUGGUCCUAAUUAUUCAGGGAAAAGCAUCUACAUAAAGCAGGUGGCUUUAAUUGUUUUCCUUUCUCAUAUUGGAAGUUUUGUACCUGCUGAUGCAGCAACAGUUGGAUUGACUGACAGGAUAUUCUGUGCAAUGGGAGGCAAGCUUAUGACUGCAGAACAGUCCACAUUUAUGAUAGAUCUACAUCAAGUGGGAAUGAUGCUAAGGCAGGCAACUUCAAGGUCUUUAUGUUUGCUGGAUGAAUUUGGUAAAGGAACCCUGACAGAAGAUGGCAUUGGUCUUCUUGGUGGGACCAUAAAGCACUUCGCCAACUUAGAUGUUCCACCGAAGGUUCUGGUGUGCACUCACUUGACUGAGUUAUUUAAUGAAAGUUGCUUACCAAAGUCUGAGAAAAUCAACUUUUACACUAUGAGUGUGCUACGGCCUGACGAGAACUCUACAAAUGUUGAAGACAUCAUCUUUCUGUACCGGUUAGUUCCCGGACACGCAGCUCUGAGCUAUGGGCUACAUUGUGCAUUACUAGCAGGUGUCCCAGAUGAAGUAAUUAACAGAGCAACAUUAAUCUUGGAUGCUAUUGAAAAAAAUAAGAACGUGGAGCGAUUAUGCAAUGAGAAAAUAUCAGCCAAAGACGAGCAAUAUAAGACUGCAGUUGACAAGAUGUUGGCCUAUGAUUUACUUAAGGGUGACCUCAAUGCCUUCUUCCAAGAUAUAUGA